AUGGUGAUUGCUCCAGAAGCUCGUCAAUCUCCCGAGUCUGACUCGGAGGUGUUUGGAAAGCACUUGGCCACAAAUCCCCAAGAGUUACUGAGUUUUUAUGUGGAGCAUAGCAAAAUUUCGCUGGUGAAAUUGAGAGGAUCGUUGGUAGCAUUGAUGCAGAACCCUCUCAACCAACUCCCUGCUAUAAAACUUCAAACGGAUGAAGUCGCCUUUGACCUCUGUUCCCUCUCUCCUGGUGCCGAUCUUCUCCAGAAUCCCGACCUCGAGAUUCUCUUCCGACAUUGCUCAUUCGUCAGUCUGUGGAUAAAUCUAGCUUAUAUAUCCACUGAAUGUCCACUUUCGGAGAGCGAUAAUGAAGCUGUUUUGACAAAAUUCAUCAGAAGACUACUGACUGGGAUCACCCCAGAAUUUCGACGUCUUAAAUUGGAUCCUGUUGAGUUUGCAGCUCUUAAAGCAAUCUGUGUAUGGAAAGUUAGUCCACUGAAUAACAAUUCGACCGCUAAAGUGAUAGCUGGAGAGCAGUAUCUAGGAGUUGCGAAGGCUCUCAAUGAGUAUCAUCAGGCAAUCUACCAAGAAAUGUCAAUGAUGUACGCGGCUUUGAAUAUCAAUGACAGUUACAGUGGGGACUUUUUCUAG